GAGACAGAUAGACAGAGAGAUGGAGCGAGGGAGGUGUGAGGUUUGAACGCAGGGUUGUAAACAGAUAAGGGCGUGAGAAAGGAAAAGGGAAUUUCAUGCUAAAGCUGCAGUUUGGGAACGCUGCAUGAAAUCUUGUAGAAAAAGCGGGACAGAAACUGAGAGGAGGGAGCUGUAAUUGGAAGACGGAGGACGGCUCAGUCAUGGGAGGGCUCCACGAUCUCCAGGAGAGGCGUGAUGAACGGCGGUAACCAUGGAUCCCCCGUCUUGGUGUUUCCAAGCUGUGCAGCAAGACAAAUCUGAAUAAAGAAACUGAAGAGGUGAGCCAUUAGCUGACUUAACCUUUCUCUGACUCCUCGUCUUGUCAGUCUCGCACCUCAAGACCUGCAGGGGGAAGGACAGCCGCUGAUAAUAAUCACCUGAUGCAACACUUUCAGGAACUGUCAGCGUGAGGAAAGGCUCCGAGCUGUCACUAACUAGAGGUGUCACCAGCUGCAGCUAAAAGUCGGACUCAAAUUACUGGCGGAGCAUGGGAGUUCAAAGCAGUGAGUUGUGUCCUGGUAGUGAGACCCUCAGGAGGAAAUGAGUAGCAGUGGAUUUGGCAGCAGCUCCAGUUUGCUCCAGGGCCGGCGUUUCUACUGCCGGGAAUGGGCUCUGGAGAAGCUGCGGCGCUGCCUGGACACCCGCUCCGUGCCGGGGCAGCCGCCGGGGCUGCUGGUGACAGGGGGCCCCGGUGCCGGGAAGACUGCUCUGUGCACUGAGAUGGUGUGGCCCACCUCCAAGGCAGGGCUGGCGGUCGGGCUGGCGCCACGUUGCCUGGCCUCCCACUUCUGCCAGCGGGAGGAUCAGAGGAGUACGGUGCUGUGGAGGUUCGUCCUGGGCCUGGUGGAGCAGCUGAGGGCCUCACCUCUCCUCUCUCCAGGGUACGAGGAGAUCCUCAACAGCCCGUCCGUAUCUGCCGCUCUGGAGCCUCACACCUGUCAGAGAGACCCCGAUGACACCUUCAAAAGAGCAGUGUUGGGACCCCUGUUGGACCUUCCUCCUCCUGCCCAGACUCUGAUGGUGCUGGUGGACUCUCUGGACAUUGGGUAUGGGGCUGGUGAAGGAAGUGGGAAGAGCAGCUCUAUUGCAGAGCUUCUGGCCGCCAAUCAGCACCUGCUGCCCGGCUGGCUGCUGCUGGUCUGCUCCGUCCGCCGCCACAACAAGACUGUGUGCAAGAUGUUCUCAGGUUUUCGCAGGCUCUGUCUGGAUGAUCUGCGCAAAGCCCCGGCAGUCCGUGACGUGCAGCAGUACAUCCUCUGCCGGCUGGAUGAAGACGCGACCCUUCGCCGACAGCUCACCCCCGACACGGCUGACAUGCUGAAUCUGCUGCACAUUAAGAGCGGUGGCUGCUUCCUGUUCCUCGAGCGUGUGCUGGACGGUGUCGCAGCUGCACUGGUGGGGCUCCGGGAGAUCCGGGACAUCCCCGGGACACUGAAUGGGCUCUACCUGUGGUUGUGCCAGAGACUGUUCCCCCGGGGGCUCUUUGUCUACGUCAGGCCUCUCCUCAAAGUCCUCCUGGCUGCUCCGAGACCCCUCACCCCGCAGCAGCUGUUCACAGCAGCCUGGACUCAUGACCACUUGCUCAGCCACCAGGACUUCCAGAACAAGCUCCGAACCCUCGCACCUCUCCUCAUCGAUGGCCCUGGUGGCACCAAACUUCUUUUUCAUGCCAGUUUUGCAGAGUGGCUGAUGGAUGUAAAGUAUUGCACACAGAGGUACCUCUGUAGCAGGACUGAAGGUCACAGCAUGCUCGCCAUGGCUCUGACGUUACAGGGACCCCACCUGGACAAUGAGGACAUUUGCCAGCUCGCCACGCAUUUAGUUUGCUCAGGUCACCAUAAAGAUAACCCCUCGUUAUUGGCACUGUGGAUGCUGUGGGCAGACGUGCCUCCUCUUAGCAGCAGUAGUACUCUCACACAGCCUCCUGUUCUGGUCAGUCAGGAAGUCCUCCAGCUGCUAAUGAGGAGCGGGCUCACCUCUGCAGCCUGUUUUUCAGAUGCAGACUCAAGUGUUGGAGUGCACUGUACAGGUGCAGAGAGGACUAGUUUACGACAGGCGUUAGAAAGAGAGGUGUCUAUAAAGAAGCUGCUGAGCAGUGGAGUGUCUGUAAACCAGCCUGCUUCUGCAGAUGGACAGACUUUGCUUGCCAGUGCGGCCCUCGAGGGUUCUGAAAAUGUAGCCGCACUUCUCCUGACUCACGGAUCUGAUCCGCUGGUUAGUGAUCCUCAGGGUCAAACGCCACUGACUCUGGCUUCCAGGCAGGGUCAUGUCAACGUGUUGUCUGUGCUCCUGGAGUGGACCAAGAGCCAGGAGCCAGAAACGCAAGUGCGAAUGAUGGAGCACGUUGACAACGAAGGCUGGACGGCACUGCGCUCUGCAGCCUGGGGAGGACACGGCGAGGCUGUGCGGCUUCUGCUGGAUGCAGGAGCAGAUGUUGAUGGAUGUGACGCUGAAGGCCGGACUGCUCUGAGAGCUGCUGCGUGGGGAGGGCAUGAGGAAAUCGUCCUGACCCUGCUGGAUUAUGGGGCGCAGGUUGACAAAGCUGACAGCAAAGGACGCACGCCGCUUAUCGCUGCUGCCUACAUGGGACAUCACGAAGCUGUGGAGAUACUGUUGGACCACAGUGCAGACGUGAACUUAGCUGAUGGAGAUGGGCGCACCGCUCUGUCAGUCGCUGCCCUCUGUGUCCCUACAGCAGCAGGGGUCAAAGGUUACGGUGAGGUAGCAAGUCUGUUACUGGAGCGUGGAGCAGAUCCGGGACACAGAGACCACGACGGAAUGACACCAUUGCUUCUUGCAGCCUAUGAGGGCCACGACGACGUAGUUGAGCUUCUGUUAGAAGCUGGUGCUGAUGUAGACGAGACUGCCGGCCCCGAUGGCAACAUCCCAGCUGCCGCUGCCGUUACUCCCCUGCUGGCGGCGGCAGCGAUGGGCCACAUGAGGACAGUGUCAAGGCUGCUUUUCUGGGGAGCAGCUGUGGACGCCAUUGACUGUGAAGGCAGGACGGCACUCUGCCUGGCAGCGGCAAGAGGCAGCGUUGAGGUCGUCCGCGCCCUGCUGGACCGAGGCCUGGAUGAGAACCACAAGGAUGACCUCGGCUGGACUCCGCUGCACGCCGCUGCCUGUGAAGGCCAUCGUGGUGUGUGUGCUGCCUUGACAGAGCGAGGCAGCAUGGCACGUGUCGGAGAGAUGGACAUUGAAGGACGCACUCCCCUUAUACUGGCUGCUCAGGAGGGUCACUGGAGCACCGUCAGGCUGCUGUUGGACAGACGUUCUCCCAUCGACCACAGGUCGUACGAUGGACAUUCUGCCUUGAGUGCCGCCCUCCUGGAGGGCCAUGUCGAGGUUGCAGAGCUGCUCAUGAGGCGAGGAGCUGAUACUGAUGUCCGGGAUGCAGAGGGACGCCCUCUGCUGUACCUCCUUGUGUUGGAGGAUCGUCUCGAAAAGGCUACUCUCCUCAUAGAGAAAGGCGGGGUGCCCCUGGAGUCUCGAGACUCUGAGGGACGCACAGCGCUUCAUGUGGCUUCCUGGCAGGGGCUUGUAGAGAUGGUAGACUUACUUUUAAAGCACGGGGCAAACCCAAAUGCACAGGAUACAGAGGGGAGACCACCAUUGCAUUCAGUGGCUUGGACAGGGCAUGCUGAAGUAGGACGUCGUCUCCUUGAAACCAGCGGAGUGAAUAUAGAUCUUGCUUGUCACCAGAGAGCAACAGCUCUGAGCAUCGCCGCCCAGGAGGGACAUGCAAACAUUGUCGCAAUGCUUCUGGAAAGAGGUGCAAACCCCAAUCACAUGGAUAAAUAUGGCCGUAGUCCAGUCAAAGUGGCUGUGAAACAUGGGCACUUUAACAUUGUUAGACUCUUGGAGAACUACGGAGCCAAGCCAUACGUAGGCCUGUUGCCUAACUCUAGCACUGUGUCCCCUGUGAAACCCAACAAGAUGCUCUUGUCGGGCAUCUUCGAGAGCAAUGGGGGAGAAGCUACAGCUACUACCUCCUCCUCCUCAGUAUCAUCUCCGGGCUCCACAGCAGAGCGAUUCCACUCCAUGCAGAGCUCCCAAACCUCCUCUACCUGCCACUCGCUGGCCACGAUGCAGACAGUGCCAGCGGAUAGCCUCAGUUUCAUUCAGCAGAUCCAACAGCACUCACUGCCUCGCAGUCGCAGCCGCCCCUCCACCCUCCCUCCUCCAGGGAGCAUGGGCAGCCUCCAUGGAAGCAGCCAGCGGCAUCCCAAAAGCAGCCCUCCUCCCUCUGUUUGCACAGUCGCUGCUAUGGUGCACAACUGCGAACCGCCGCAGAAAGACUUGUCGUCAAGACUUGAACAUCACGACAAAAUUAACAAACAAAACUUAAUAAAAGCAGACAGGACUACAAACGCCGGUGGUAAAUGGCACUCAGUUAUGGCUUCACUUGGGAUAAUGCCAGGGCAAGACGGCCCUGCAGUCGGUCCUAAAAACAGAGAGAGUCCACCUCUGGGGUACCCAUACAGGCUGCAGAGCCCACUUCAAGAGGAAGCCUGGGAUGCUCUACCCCAGAAGAACAUUUUGUCGCCUGCUUGCUAUAGUUUUACUCCAGUCCCACCUUGUAGUGCCUUGCCACAGGAUGUUAUGGUUGCCAUGACAACCACAGACCCACAGCUUAACCUGAAACAGGCCAUUAAACUGCAGUUUGAGGGUCCCACCAGUGCAGCCUUAUACAAGAGAGAGACUCCCCUGUGACUGGUGCUCCAGUAUGGGACCAUAGUUAGCUACUGCCACACUUUUUUCCUGAACCUCCUACUUUGUUUUUGAGUGUGUGGGUUUAGUGCAGAAACAAUUAGUUCAUCAACAGCAAAUUUAAAGAAAGUGAUUCAUCAAGCAGACUGCCAAAUACUCUCAAAUGUAAGGAUUUACUGCAUUUCUGUGGCAUUUGAAAUAAAUGAGUUCUUUUCUCCUA